UCCUUUUUCUUCAAUCUUCUAGGAAAAAAGCGAAAUGGAAGAUUACGAUCCGAGUGUCACUGAGGAGCAAGAAGAAGAAAUUUCUGAGGAGAAGGUUAUUAAUGAGGAGUACAAAACAUGGAAGAAAAAUGCGCCGUUCCUCUAUGAUAUGAUCCUGAGCACAGCGUUAGAAUGGCCUACCCUUACUACUCAAUGGCUACCAGAUAAACAAGAAGUCCCAGACAAACCCUACUCAACGCAUCGCCUGUUAAUCGGCACCCAUACCUCAAAUGAUGCUCAAAACUACCUGCAAAUUGCUCACGUGCAGUUGCCAAACCCCAAAGCCCCAGAUGUGGAAGAUUAUGAUGAUGAUAGAGGCGAGAUCGGUGGUUAUGGGUCGUCGGGAUCCCAAAGGACCCCUAUGGAAGUGAAGUUCCAUAUUGUGCAAAAGAUUGACCAUAAAGGCGAGGUGAACAAGGCGCGAUAUCAACCGCAAAAUCCCAAUGUCAUUGCCACCAUGUGCACUGAUGGGAGGGUCAUGAUCUGGGAUCGCUCAAAACACCCUAGCUUGCCUACCGGCACUGUUAACCCCGAACUAGAACUGCUCGGACACACAAAAGAGGGAUUCGGUUUGAGCUGGAGCCCACACAGCGCAGGCCAUCUGGCGACGGGAAGCGAAGAUAAAACUGUUCGACUAUGGGAUCUUACGCAGUAUACCAAAGGAAACAAAGCGCUAAAGCCCGUGCGAACUUAUACACAUCAUUCGUCUAUCGUAAACGACGUCCAAUACCAUCCUUUGCACUCGUCCCUUAUCGGUACCGUGUCCGACGAUAUCACUCUGCAGAUAUUGGAUAUACGCGAAUCCGAUACUGGCCGAUCCGCGGCAUCGGCAAAGGGCCAACAUAAAGAUGCAAUCAACUCUAUUGCCUUUAAUCCCGCAGCGGAAACGGUGCUCGCUACCGGCUCGGCUGAUAAGAGUGUUGGGUUAUGGGAUCUGCGAAAUCUAAAAUCAAAACUUCAUGCUUUGGAGUGCCAUCAGGAUUCAGUUACAUCAUUGGCAUGGCAUCCAUCUGAAGAGGCUGUAUUGGCAAGCUCGAGUUACGAUCGGAGAAUUAUGUUCUGGGACCUCAGCCGGGCCGGUGAAGAGCAGACGCAAGAAGAUUCCCAGGACGGACCUCCCGAAUUGUUAUUUGUGCAUGGCGGCCAUACCAACCGCAUUUCUGAUUUUAGCUGGAAUCUCAACGAUCCGUGGGUUCUCUGCUCCGCAGCUGAGGAUAACCUACUCCAGGUUUGGAAAGUUGCGGAUGCCAUUGUUGGGAAAGAUAUGGAGGAUGUGCCGACGGAGGAGUUGGAGACAUGA